AUGAUAAAAACUUUAAUAAUUAUAAUUGUAUCUGUUAUUGUGGGAUACUUAAUUUCUCAUUUUAAUAUUUUAAAUUUUGUAAUCUCAUCACUAAUCGAAGUAACAGUAAUUAAUAAUAAGAAAGUAAUAGUUGGGGCCAUCGUUGGACAAGCAUUAAUUUAUUUUUUCGUAUUCUUCCUACCACUUUCAAGUGUAGCAAAUCAAAUUGUAAAAGAGGAGUCAUCAACAAACUAUAGAGUGAAUCCACCUAAAACACCUUCUUUAGUAGGAAAUUUGUAUCUACAACAACAAUUACAACAACAGCAACAGCAACAACAGCAAUUACAACAACAACAACAACAGCAACAACAAUCUCAUCAUCAACCAAUUUUAAAUACAGCGACUCCUUUUACACUACAGAAUCAUCUUAUACCAAAUCCGUCUAUUAAAACAACACAAUAUAAUAUUAAAUAA